CCUGCAGUCAAAAGCAGAAGAAGUGUUUUUAGUCAUGCUAUCAUCAUUUUUAUCCCUCUCAUCUUCUCACCAUUGAGAUCUACUCGUUAUAAUCAUGGUCGACAAUGAUACCAGACAAGACACACCCACAAUCGCAGAAUUACAAAAAGCAUUAGAACGUGUGGCAAAUAGCAUUCAUCAUUUCGAUCAAGCAUCUAGAGCAUGGUCAUCUUAUCAUCAAGGAGGUCAUAAUGCAAUCACAGGUUAUGCUUGGCAUGAUUUUCAACAGUUCAAUUUUGAACAUGUUGUUUCUAUAAGAGGAUUACGUGGAUUAAAACAAGCAAUCAAUAAAGAAUUGAGUUGGUUAGAAAAACAAGCUUCAGAUGCAGGUUCAACUGAUGGUCCCUGUGUUGGAUCGAAUGCGAUUUAUAUUUGUACAAUUUGGCAACGGGCAAUUAACGCAGCGAAAAGUCAAGGUCCUUUGGUUGCUUUGGAUGCUACUUUCCCCAUUCCAGCCGUACAUGACACGCCUUCAGCAUCAAGACAACAAAAGAAACCUGCAAAGGUGGACAUCGUGUGCGAGAGUGGCAAGAGAUGGAUUCGAAUUUCAACCCUGAAGCCCAUCGGCCUUUUGUCUGAAUUUCGAAACGCUGAAAGCUACGUUUCAAACGAUGACGAUAGCGAAGAUGAUGAAAGUGACACAGAAGGGGAACAGAUGAAUGGCUCACAAACGAUAACGGAAAUGAACAAUCGUCUUGCAAAGGAUGAACUGGAUAUAGCAGCAAAGCAAUCAUCUAUAGUCAAGCUGAUCAACGAUCUGAACACUGCCGCCUCGCAUCUUGCAAAAACUUCUCAUUAUGGCAGGCCAGCAAUUGAACUCUUGCUUAAUCGAUUACCGCUCGCUGGCAUAACAGGUAUCGAAGGUAAAUUCUAUGAUGAUCAAGAAAAAUAUCGAUAUGAGGCCCGAUUACGUGCUAUAAUAAAGUACGCAAAAGAAUGCAACGUUGAGAUCAUAACAGCAGAAGCCGAACAAUCCAGCGCCUUAUCUGCUCAAAGUUUGACAAACUUUAUCACAGAUGGUGGUGCGAAUGAACUUAUGCAAAUCCCGAUGCCUCCCAAAUUGCAACCAAGUCGUGGAACGAAAACUUUGCAUCUUGAUCUCUCUGCUCUUAUCGCAUUCGUUUCACACAUUUCUCAUAUGCCUCUCCCUGAUCGUGCAGAAAAUGCGGAAGCUCUUUUCGCUAAAACGCAUUGGCGUGAAGAGGAUAAUGACAAUAUUACCGAAGAUGCAGAAGAUACGGAAGUGACCAAUUUAGAAGGUGAAAAUGGCGAAGGAAGAGGUCAACAUUCACGUGCUUUGAGCGACCAACUUCGUCGUGAAAUGACGGAAGAUUGUUUCUUUGACGUUCUCGUUCGUCAUUUGGAGGACGUGGACGAUGAAGAACCUUCGGAUGGAUAUCUUCAUCUAACAUGUACCCGUGAGGCGCGCGACAAGAUGGCAGAGAUUGUUUCGUUGGUUGGUGGUGAUAAUGAAAAGAGAAGGGCGACUUGUCUGUUCGAUCAAGAAGGACGAGCGCAAGAUAUUUGGAAAUCCUCUCGUUGGUCAAAAGACGGUGAUCGGGAAAAUCGUGUCAGAAGUAAGAUCGUGUUGCCGGUUGCAGUGAUAGAAGAGGACAAGGUUUCUAAACGACAAGGGACGAAUACCACAACCUUUGAUGAACAAUUCGUUCAGAUUGCCAAAAGAUCUCUGUCACUGGGAAUGCAAACCUUUGAUUCACGUUCAAAGUCAUCCCAUAACGCUUUUGCCGCUUUACGUCAAACCCGUCAUACGAUCAUGUCAAUGAUGACUGCUCUCAAUCACGGUCAAACACUUUUAACAACGAAUAUAAGCAGCAUUAAAUGGCUCGUUCGAGAUAUGACUCGUUUACAAGCGCACGAGGGUAAUCUUGCCACCUAUAAAACCGGCAAAGAACUCGAUGACAGAAUUCACAAGGCAGCAUUAUGGGUAAUGUAUCCACGUUCUCUGUCCGAAAGGAUGGCCGUGCCAGAGAAUGAAAUUUCUCACGGAUCUCGUACUCUAAAUAGCGACGAUGACAUUUAUCCAAUGUUAACGCCUUGCGAGGAGAUCAGUUCCAAGACUGAUUCCAAAGAUGCUAGUUUCCAUCAUCAAUCUAUACCUAUCUUGCAAGAUGGUCAUGGAAUGCGUAAUCAAUCUUCUACGUUCGAAGUUAGAGGACGUUCAAAUAGAUUCAUGCGAUUUGCCAGAUCGUUCUUACUUGGACCAAGACCAAGAGCACAAUUAGCCAUCAAACAUUAUCCUUGGUGGCCACUCGCAUCCGUUGAGAGAGGUUGGCAAAAGAUUACCGCGCCAGUCGCCUGGAAGGAUCCUUAUCACCAUAAACGCAACGCUCGACAAGAUGUCGAACUUGCUCACGGAGCGAACUCUUUGCAAAGCGGCACACACCUUUCUUCAAAGGUGGCCGAAGAGGAUGGCGAUCCAUGGUGGCAAGGCGUCAAACGUGAUGUUCGCUUAAACGCUCUUCAUUGGUGCAUUUUGGCUCUAACAUUGAUUGGAUGGGUUUUAGGAUUCUCAUUCCUCGCGAAAUCUCUAUGGUAUGAAGGAAGUGUUGUCUCGAGUGACGGAGCUCAGUCAGACACUGUCUUUUACGGUUGCACGACAUCAUUUUGGACUGCGAACUCGCAAUGCGGAUACAAUGGGGAAUCUUGUGCUCCUUUCAGUGCUUCUUCUCCAUACAAUUUUAGAUGUCCUGCAAAUUGUCAAACUACAGUCCUUGGAAGUCCUAGAGCAGUAGGCGAUCAGCUUCCUGCUUGGGUACCUCUUGUUGUAGGAGGAUCAAAUGUUAGCAGUAGCAUCGAAUCAAGUCAAGCUGGCACAGAUUCACCCUAUAUCUAUCGUGGAGACUCUUUUGUUUGCGCUGCCGCCAUUCAUGCUGGCGCAAUCAAGAAAAGCAAAGGUGGUUGCGGUUCAGCAUGGCUUGUGGGAGCUUAUAGUGGAUAUGAAGGCGUAGACCGAUAUGGAAUCUCAUCGACGCCUUUCAACUCUACUUUCCCCGUCAGCUUUUAUUUCGAUCAAGGUGUACAUGGCGAACAAUGCGAGGACAAUCGAAGUCAUGGUUAUAUUCUCAAUAUAAUCUUGCUGGCUUGGAUUGGAUUUGUUUUGCGACCAAAGCAAAUCGUUUAUUUCUUCACUUUGGUUUGUGUUGGAUUUUUCCACAUAAACUUUUUAUCAGAACCAAGGGAGUAUCCUAUGUCUGUCGGUGACGUCUUUGGAGAUUUCCUUCCUACCCUUUUCGUGGCUUAUGCAUUAUGGCGUGUCAAUUAUCGUUUCACCUCUCAAAUGCUAAACAAAAUUCCCAUCGAAGGUACAAUUUGGGUUCAAGGUUUUUACUGGAUCGGUGUCAUGCUGGAUAUAGUUUUUGUAAAUGUUCCUUUGAGCAGAUUGGUUCUCAGUGAUAUUCAAGAUGAGCCUGGCGCUUUAACUUCUUUGAUCGUGAUAAUCGUUAUCGUCCUCGUUCUCGCCAUCAAUCAAAUACGUGUAAUCCGAAAAACUGGUUAUUUACCCAAAUAUCUAUCAAUGAUCAUAAUUGGAGGUAUUUUAAUCGGACUUUUGGCUGCUGUUCCAACUACAGGAUUACGUUUGCACCAUUAUAUCAUUGCAUUGGCAAUCAUUCCCUUCUGUGCAUUCGAGACUCGACUAUCUUUGAUUUAUUCCGCUUUCCUCUUGGGUGUAUUCCUCAACGGUGUUGGUCGUUGGAGUUAUGAUGGUAUCAUUCAAGAUGUUGCCGUAAUUCGAGGAUCUGCAACCUCAGGAAGUACACUUCCAGUCUUUUUGGCCGCAUCCAACUUUGUAGGUGUUACACCGUUUAAUGGAACUACACCAACGGUCAUCAACACCUCUAGCAACUUGACGCAAUUGUCCGAAUCGAUGUCUGGAUUGGUAAAUUGGGAGCCUAUUCCAUCCAAUCAAACAGAUCAAUGGGAUUCUUACCAACUCUUGAUCGAUGAUGUCUUACGUCUACAAUCCAGUCAAACGUAUUACGAUCUCGGUACUUUGGCCAAUAAUUUCAUCGCUUUCAACGGUACAGGUGCUACUUCAAGUCUUUCUUCAAUCGAACUGGCUAACACACAAUCUAAUUUCACUUUCUAUCCUGGCGGUCAAGAUCCAAGCAAUAUUUUAGCCACUCUCGUCUCUCAACCGCAUUAUUUAAGGUUAGCAUACUAUAACUCUAUUUCGGGAAAUCUCGGCGAUUUCACCAGAGCUGCAACAGUUUAUUUCAACGGAACGUUUAUUUCACCCCCGGACGGAGCAACAUAAUCAGCAUACUUUUUCAAUUGUAGCAUUUUUAACAUUUCACUGUCUGAUAUUUCUUGAUAAUUGUCAUCUAUUUUCUCCCUAUUGAUGAUAGUACAUAUGUUUCAAAAUUAAGGAUUAAAUUCUUCCAAUGCAUAUUGUCCAACGGCCAAA